AUGGAGCAAAGCCGCAGAGCAAACACGUGGGACCCCAGGACUAUGAAUGACAAACUGCCAGUGCCGACAGGUCUAGACCCGGAGACCUUUGAAGCCAUGUUCGAAGGCAUGGGGGUGUCGCCAGCGUCGCGGCAGACAUUCCCGUCUGAACCUCGACCUGGUCUCAGCGAUGAUCCCAUGACGAGCAGCAAGGAGAGGUCCAGUGCCAUCUUUCACCCGGACACGCUGCUUCCUAUAGAAGAGAACUCCUUCCCUUCCAAUGGCACCCCACGGGGUUCUUCCAGUGACAUGCCUUGGCCUGUUGGGAUGGUUCUUGCUAACCACGGGAUCUUGAGCAAGAUCGUGCCCAACUCCCCGGUGUCGCGAGCAGAGCUUGUGUACGAGACAACGCCGGGACUGUGGCGGGGAGGAUGCGAGGUUGGCGAUCGGCUCGUUGAGAUUGACGGGCAACGGGUGGACUCCAUCACGCACAAGAGAGACCUGGCAGAGAUGUUGAAGCGACUGACCAAGGUCAAGAGAGAGAUCAAGCUAUCCUUCUCGAGGAACGAAAGCUCGUCAAUGACCAGCAGGGUCUACGUUGUGCUCGUGAGAUGCGCAAGGCCGACAGACUCUGUGAGGUUCGAGGUUGCGAUGGAACAGCAGAGCAGGAACGAGUGGAACGAGCGAUACAUGGAGGAGGCAGAGAAGCUGAGAGAGGAGACCGACACGAGGACCAAGAUGGAAGAAGAGGAGGCGUACAACGCCAUCGAGCUCGAGUUGAAGAAGAUGCAGGACAGGAUCCUCGCAGCUGAUGCCGAGUCGAGCGUCUUGCGAUCUGAGAACCGACAGCUGCAGUCGCUGCUGGAGGAAGCUGAGAAUCGUCUGGCAAAAGUACCGCUGGAGCAGGCGAAGGCCAAGCAAGAGCAGAUGAGGCUGCAGGAAGCGGAGAAGCAGGUGUCGCAGUUGACGGAGGUCAACAGAGAUCUGUCCAACAGACUUCAGUCGUCUGAGACGAAGAUGAGCAACCUGGCGGUCGAGAAGGCCAGACUGAUGGAGGAGCUGGAGAGUCUGAGGAGGGCGGAAGGCAACGAGACCAGCCAAGAGCUCCAGCUGCUGAAGAGACAGCUCGAGGAGCGGAGCGACAGGAUCGCGGAGCUGGAGGACCUGCUGGAGGAGUCGAGGAGCAAGGCGAUGCGGGAGAUGCAGCAGUCGAUCUCUCUGGAAUCUCAGAUUCAAUCCCUGCAGCUGAGGAACGAGGAGCUGGAGGGGAAGCUCAUCUCUGCCAACAGCGCCCUAUCGCAGCCCCAGUCGCAAGAUGACCUACUCAAGAUACGUGAGCUUCAGGCCCGGGCGGAGGAACUUUCCUACGACAACUUGCAGGCCAACAAUGAGAUCCAGGAGCUGCAAGAGAGGCUGCAGCUGGCGUAUGAGGAGAAGGAGAGGAGCGACGAGAGGAGCCAGGAGCUGGAGGUCCUCGUGCGCAACCUCAACCACGAGAAAUCUUCCCUUGCUGCCGAGCUUGAGGUCGCUCGUAGCAGCAGGCAGCAGCCCGACGUCUCCUCCUCCUUCCCAGUCGACAAGAGCCGAGGCUAUGGCACCGUCCCCGAGCAGGCUAUGCGGGAGACUUACAACUUCCGCCAGACGAGGGAGGAGCAGCGGGGGUCGGCUGUCAUGCCCAGGACGAUCCCAGCAAGGGAGGAGAAGCUGGAUGAGUUCCUCAGCAAGCCCCUGGACGAGUUCAUGCAGGCUCGGCCGCUCGACUACGAUCGCGAGCCGCAGGGUGGGGGGACGCGCUACGAGCCCUGGGGGAGAGACGGGAGCGACUCCCCCGAGUACAGCGACGAGGAUCAGGACAACGACGUGCAGAAGCAGAGCUCGGAGAGGAUCUCCGCCCUCCAGGCGAGGGCCAACAUGCUAGACCAAGAGCUCCGUCAGCUGACGCAGCGAGAGGCUCCUCCUCGGAACUCUGGUAAAUCUGCCUUCUACUCUGCAUACAGGGAGCAGGAGAGCAGCGAAGACGACACUCCGCCUGUGCCCAACAACCCGACCAGCAAGCCUCCGAUGAGCUGGCAUUGCACCAUCUACACCCUCGUAAUGAACAUCUUCGGAAACUUCUCCUCGAUGAUGAAGCAUUGCAACGCGCACAAUUUCGCUUCCAUGAGACUGGACUCGAUGGUCGGACAACUUCUAGUCGAUCUCCAUCGCUGCUUCCACCGAGUAGGGAGAGGGGCUCCUCCUCCUCUCCACCGCCUGUUCUCCCACGUUCUCUGUGGGAUAGUGCACGUGCGAGUCGAGGACUUGGAUCCUGUCAUCCUCGCAUGCCCUAUCAAGAUCCUUGGAGGCAUCGAGCUCGCUCGUCGAGCUUCCUGGCAUUCCCUCCAGCCAAGGAGAGUACAAGAUGAUGUCACGGCAGACUGGAACGCCAGAGCCCAGCAGGUUGGCGGUGGCGAUCGCCGAAGCCUGUUCGAACAAGGCAGGAAGAUGCUCCUUCAUGUGUACUCUUCCUGUUGA